CGGGACUUAAGAUGGCUACCGUGUAGCAAACAGAGCUUUUCAGCCAAAAAGUUCGUCAGAUUCGUCAAAUUCCACAUUGUGAAAAGUACAGAAAAACACAAUGUCCGAUAUUUUAUGCCGGUGGCUCAACUCGGAACUGCGGCUGUCAAAACCUGUCGAGCCGAAGACGCUGUGUGCCGACCUGGCCAACGGCUACCUGAUCGGAGAGGUUCUGCACAAAUACGACCUCCAGCCCGACUUCCACCGCUUCUCCAGGAGCAGCACAGCAAAUGCCAAGCUGAACAACUACACGCGCCUGGAGCCCACCAUGCAGCUGCUGGGUGUGCACUUUGACCUGUGCUUCGCACAAGCGCUGAUGCAGGAGCACCCGGGCGCCGCCACACGCCUCCUCUACCAGCUCUACUUCCUGCUGCAGAAGAAGAAGAAGGCGCAGCUGUCAGGAGUCGCCAUGGAGACGCUGCAGUCCACCGCCACGGCCCACCUGCAUCGCAUAGAGAGAGGCAUUUACAGUGAGCGCCUCCGGACUGUGGUCAAGCGCGACGUAGACAAUAAACUGCAGAAGAUCUCCCAAAAGUACGAGCGCAAGGGGCAAGAGAUGCUCCGGAGGUCCACCAUGGCACAGUACGAGAAGGAGCUGGAGCUGCAGAAGGUGCAGGAGGAGAGGCGAAUGAAGGACAUUGAAAAGCUCCGUCUGGCCCGGAAAAGGCGCAACGAGAUGAUGGUUAAGAUCCAAAAAGCCACUGUCCAGAUCCCCAGGCCUCCCAGAAAGCAAGUCCUGAGGACCCUGGAGCACCAGCAUCACAAACAGCAGGAAGCUCAGGAUUUUCAGAGGGACAUUGAGGACUUUGAGAGGAACAUGAAAAAGCAACUUCCUGCCAGCGCUUUGGCUCUGAGCACGCCCUUCACGUUUUCCGUCAAGACGGAUGCCGCCCUGCGGCCCGAGCAGCUGGCCCAGGCCAACGACGAGUACAUCCAGAGGAUCCGACAGCGGCUGGAGGAGGACGCCGCUGCCCGGCAGCAACGGGAGAAACGCAGAAGCCGCAUCCUGGUGUUGCAGCAGGAGGCUCAAGAGGAGCAGGAGGAGUUGAACCGCGAUGAACGGCUGCUGGCGUGUUUGACCCGUCAGUCACAGCAGGAGAGGCGACUCGCCGUGCAGCUCAUGCAGGUGCGGCAGCAGAAGGAGUUCCUGAGACAGAACCGGAUCUUCCGGGAGAAACAGUACCAGGAGCAACGCCUGCGGGAGUUCCAGGAGGCCCUGGACCGGAAGGCGGCUCUGGCCCAGCAGACCCAAUUGGAGCACGAGCAGGAGACCCAGAGGGAGACGGAGCUGCACCGGCAGAUCACGGCCCAGCGAGCGCAAGCUCGGUACCGCAGCCACUUCGAUACCUGCAGAGAGGUCCUGGACCAGAUACUGAACCUGGUCACCAAGGUUGGGGAGUACCGGCUCCUCAUGGACAACCUGAUUCCAGUCAAGCUGAUGAGGGAGUGGAAGGAGCUGCUGCUGCUCGGGCUGCCGCUCUACGGUGAGAGCGCUUCCCCAGAGCCGAGCCCACAGGAGCUCGAGAAGCUGGAAGUCCUCAACAACCAGGACUAUGAUGACUACACGAGUAUGACCGGUGAGUGGGCCUGGCCUGAGGAGGGGGAUGCGAAGCAGCCCCCGCCCAACAACAACAUCCUGGGUCACGUGGUGCACCGGCUCAACGUGAUCGUGGACCCCCCUAAGCCGGAGACCCCCCCGCCCUCGUUCCCCAGUUUCACGCUGAAGGCCUCCGUCCUGGGAAAGGUGUUUGCAGGGAAAAGCGGCUGUCUGGCAAGGAUGGCGCAAGUCCACGGCGUCCACGUCCUGUCGACCAGCAUUCUGAUCCAGGAGGCGCUGGAAGCGUUCCUGGCCGGAGAGAAGGUGCCGCAGGCGCCCCCGAAGGAGCCGCAGUAUCCCGAGGGAUCCGUCUGUCUCAGGAGGACUGCGAAGAAGAAGGAUGUUGCCGAGAAGGAGAAGGAGAAAUCUUCACGCCCCGACUCAGGCCAUGUCCUCCAAAGCCCCCAGCAGGAAAAUGCCAAGAGGACAGCUUCCAAGUCUGAGGUACUGACCUCACCUCCCCAGCUGUCGGCGAGGGCUCAGCACGGAGCCGCCCUGGACGAGGUCCUCGGCAAGGGGCAGGCCAUCCCAGACCAGCUCCUCGUGGACAUUGUUCUGGAAGCCAUCAGGCGGGUCCCUCCAGAGUCGGGCUGGAUCCUCGAUGGGUUCCCCAUGGACCUGGAUCAGGCCAAGCUCCUGGAGAAGGCUCUCAGUGGGAUUGACCCAGAGAAGGUGGAAAGGAAGAAGAAUAACAAGAAGAUCAACCUUGUCGUGGACCCCCAUGCGAAGAAAGAGGCCCCACCCCCUCUACCUGCCCUGGACGUCGUUCUGCUUAUGGACUUGUCCGAUGACCUCGUUCUGGACCGUGCUGCAAAGAAAGCCAAUGAGAUGGAAGGCAAGCUGGUGCAAAUUCAGACUCUGGACGAGAUGUGCGCCUUGGCGGAGGCGGGAUCUCCACCAGAGCCGUGCCCCUCGACGCAAACUCCUGACCUUCGGGACAAGAGCCUGGAGAUGGCGCAGGUCCAGCACAGGAUCGCAGCCUUCCACGACACCUGGCCCAAGCUGGAGUGGUGGUACUCCAACAGGCAGAAGAUCCUGGUGAAGGUGAACGCGGACGAAGAGCCCGACGCCGUCUUCAAGGAAGUGGAAUCCAUCGUGUACAAGAUCAUGGCGCCGCCGGCAGACAAGGGUGUAGACGCGACGCCUACAGCCCAGACUGCUCAGGCCCCUGGUGUCACUCCACCUCCUCUUGCAAUGUCCUCCUCUCCAGCGGGACCCCCGGCGCAAAAAUCCCCAUCGGAGUCCCGAAUCCACUCCCCUGAUGAAGGCGUCCCGGCCGAUGCCGCCCCAGAAGCGCCCGUCCCCGAAGUCCCUCAAGGCAAGAGACCGAGCCCCAGAGCGCUCCCUAUGAGCCAGUCCACCGAGGUGGUCUACGUGGACAAGCCGCUGCCCAAGGAAUUCCCGGAAUACCUCGUUCCAUACUGGGAGAACACGUGCACGUCGUAUGUGACAAAUAUCAAAGCGGCGAUGCAGAACCUCCGCGCCGAGCGGGACCUGAUCAUCCAGCAUCUCUAUGACAUCAGGCAGGAGUUCAAGCACUACUUGAUGAGACCGGACCUGAAGCAGGAGUUUGUGACCCAGUGGCAGCAGGACUACAACAGCAUCCCUGAGGACAUGAGGGCUGACGAAGACACCAAGGCAGAGCUGCACCAGCGCCUCAAUGACCUGAGCGAGCGGCUGUGGGACAUCAGUGAGCGGCGCAAGGAGGAGGCGCUGCAGGAGCGGACCGUGCUCAUGGGCGACGGCUGGCUGGAGGACCACACGGCCAUGCUCAUCAACCACUUCUCCACCCUCAUGCAGGUGGAGGUGGACAGGUUCCAGGACACGGUGCAUCUGCUGCGGGACUAUUACAGGGGCAUGUCCGGGCAGAACCUCCCGGAAACGCGGUUCGCGCACGUCCCCAUGGUGGACGUCGCCGAAGACGCUCGGGACGAGGACCCCACUGGCUCUGUGCAGCCUGAGCAGCAGGACACGAGCGCUGGAACAAGCGAAGAAGAGGAGAGCAAGACUAAAAUAAUCCCUCUGAUCCCACGGAGACCUCGGUCGGGGGAAGCCGCGCUGAUAAAGCCGAACGCCUCGACGGACCCGCACCCGGACGAGCAGCUUUUGCAUGACAUUUGGCAGACGGCCGUGACCGCUGUUAAUAACCUGGUGUCGCAGGAGAUGCCCCAGCUGGAGCCCGAGGAGGGUAAGGAGGCCCAGUACGUGGCGGAGCAGGGGCCGUCUCAGCCCGCGGCCCAGAGCGCCAAGGACAACGAGAAGCCCGGAAACACAAAAGGAGGUGUCCCAGAGCCCUCGGCCCCAGAGCAAGCGCCUAGCCCACCGCCCCAAGUCGAGGAGGACGUGGAGGUUGUCCGCAGAAAGACAGUGAAAGCCCAGAUUCGCAAGGAGUUUGCCGCAGCACUCAGUCACGAGGACAACGCGGUGAAAGUACGCCUGGAGCUUGUCCGAGCGCGAGCGCUGCGCGUAUUGAGGAGCCUCCACUGCCAAGCUGACCAAGCUUAUAGUGCCAUGGAGGAGUGGCUUCACACCCGCUUUCAAGCAGAGAUGAACAGCAUCAACCAGUUGGUGGAGGUGUCGCGUCACCACAUCGAAGCGGCCGCCCAGAUCCAGCACGAGCUCGUGCUGGAGGGUCCCGACUUCUUCAUUGAUGGGGAUACGCGCGUCGUACCCGCUUCGACGCCGCCGCCGUGCCCGCCCCCCUGGGAGCUCCCGGUUGACAAUGCCUUCACCAUCCGCCAGCUCGAGGCAUUGUACGCGCAGCUUCGCAAAGUUGCCCCGGCAGGUCGGCUGUGCGCUAAAGAGCUCUCGGAGAUCCUGGAGGAUCUCGCCUCCCUGGACAUGGGCAGCGAUGCCUUGCCCGAACUCUGGAGCAAUCUGUCCGCGUCUCAGAUCCAGGACAUGGUGUCACUCGUGAGUCAGGAUUCCGAGGUGCUGGACUGGCGACGCUUUCUGCUGAGCGCAGCGCUGCCGUGGCCCCUUCCCUCGCAGUCCCAGCUGCUGGAGGUUCUGGACCGAUUCCGAGCGACCGACUCCCAGGGAACGGGCUUCGUCACCGAGGAGCUAUACCGACAGACGGAGCUCUGGUUCUCCGGGGAGAGCGGCGCGUCUCCUCCGGCCGACUCUUCCGAGCCCUCGCCGUUCGACCGCUUGUCGAACUUGAAGAAGUUUUUCUUCGCUCUUUUUGCGGACCUCCGCUCCCCGGAACCCCGGCUCCACUACGAGACCAUGCUGCUGUACUUCGCCGCGCACCCGGACCGCGUCCGGGGUUGGGUUCGAGCCCUUGGCGUGGCAACGGGCCGGCUCAUCUACCACCGGCCUCGCAGCGCCGUGCUCCUGAAGUCUGUGCCGCACGUGGGGGACGAGGAGUCGUAUUACGAGCGGACGGACGGCGAAGCGGAGCCCGGCGGGACAGAAGAAGGGAAGGGCGUGUCCAUCGCUGCCCUCCUUAAAGUGGUCUGCCAUGGGGGGACCAGGACAUCCAGCUACAACCGCUUUCACCCCAACUGGAGGACUUGGGAAGAGUAUGAGGAGGAUUUCAGGCAGCUCUACGCAGAACUUGGAUUUGGACCAGAAGAGGAGGUUCCCUUUGCCACGCUGUCCCAGCAUCCUCUGAUACAGAACCUGAUGGAAGAUGCCGUCCAGUACCGGCUCACUGACAUCCAUCAACUUGUUUUGGCCCAGGCUAUAGAAGGAGAGUCGCCGUGCUUCCCGGUGCCGUAGAUCAGCCCUGUGCUUCUUCUGAAGUUCUCUGCUGACCCCCCUCUUCUUUCAGCAGUAAUGCACCAUGGCCUUACGUGUGCACCCGACACCAACAUGUUCCUUCGAGCAUUCGCUGUGUGUUUGGUGUAAAUCAAAACCCAUUUCAUUUAAUCUCUGAUAUACAUCUGAACAAAUACGGGGUCACAAGACCCCUAGUUGUAGGUCUUAUUCAUCCGGGCCUGGUGGCUCUCAUAGCGUGGUGGUGCUCUGGGAGCCUUCAUGAGUUUAAAACCUAACACUGGAGAUUCCACAAAGGCUUCCACGAAGCAAACAAUUUGUUUCCAAGCUUAAGUACUACGUGUCUUGGCUAGAUAAGUUAGGCUUAGCUAUAGAGACACCCGACACACACCCAAUAUAAGGCACCAAAGGAGGGCUGAGCGGGUUUUAGCAGUCAGACACACAGAUUUAUUUCUCUCCAAAAUCUUUGGCCUGUUUUUGUUUUCCUUUCCUCAGUUGCCAGAUUGCUUAUUUCAAAUCACUACAUUGACAAACUGCCUUCUUUGUGUAUUUUCACUUUUAAAAAGUUCACUGUAUGAGCUCUGUGCCUCCUUGUUGAGAAGAACACUAUGUUAACAUGAGCUGAAUUGUAACAUGUAAAAGUAAUGUUAAUUCCUGUUCGGGGAUGAUUUUGUGUGCUGCAUCCUAGACUGUCUUCACAUUACUUCUCGCGAACUUGUAACCACUGUGUCAUGUAUUAAAUUAUCCCUGUGAGUCCACA